CAUUUCCGCCGAGUCUUCCUGAGUCUCUAACUUCUCUCCCUCCUCCUCCGACUUGAAGUGUUUCCGCUCCGGGCGGCGAUCCCGGGAGGCGGCGGGCUGGAUGAGCGUUGGAGCUGCUCGGACGCUGCGGGUGCCUGGCCGUCAUGGCUACGGCUGUGGAACUCUGUUAAUACUGGAUCAAAAUGAAUCUGGGCUUAGACUCUUUAGAAGCUUUGACUGGAAUGAUGGUUUGUUUGAUGUAACCUGGAGUGAGAACAACGAACAUGUCCUUGUCACCUGUAGUGGUGAUGGCUCACUGCAGCUCUGGGAUACCGCCAAACCUGCAGGGCCACUGCAAGUCUAUAAAGAACACACUCAGGAGGUUUAUAGUGUUGACUGGAGUCAAACCAGAGGUGAACAGCUGGUGGUGUCUGGCUCAUGGGAUCAAACUGUCAAAUUGUGGGAUCCAACUGUUGGAAGGUCUCUGUGCACCUAUCGAGGCCAUGAAAGUGUCAUUUAUAGCACAAUCUGGUCUCCCCAUAUCCCUGGUUGCUUUGCUUCAGCCUCAGGUGAUCAAACUCUCAGAAUUUGGGAUGUGAAGACAACAGGAGUCCGAGUUGUGAUUCCAGCACACCAGGCAGAAAUUUUAAGUUGCGAUUGGUGUAAAUACAAUGAGAAUUUGCUGGUGACAGGAGCAGUUGACUGUAGUUUGAGAGGCUGGGACUUAAGAAAUGCACGACAACCAGUGUUUGAACUACUUGGUCACACCUAUGCUAUUAGGAGGGUGAAAUUUUCUCCUUUUCAUGCCUCCGUGUUGGCCUCUUGCUCCUAUGAUUUUACUGUAAGAUUCUGGAACUUUUCAAAGCCUGACCCUCUUCUUGAAACAGUGGAACAUCAUACAGAGUUUACUUGUGGGCUAGAUUUAAGUCUUCAGAGUCCAACUCAGGUGGCUGACUGUUCUUGGGAUGAAACAAUAAAGAUAUAUGAUCCUGUUUGUCUUAGCCAUCAUGCCAUAGUGGUUAACUCUUCCCUGUCAACAAACUUACAGAGACAUUAUAUUAGAGUUCUCCAGAGUAAUAGAACCCAUAAGAGCAAGCGAGAAAGAUUUUCAGAAAUUGAUGAUCAUGAAGGCAUAAACAGCAAGUGUUCAGGGAAGGUGAACCAGUCCAUGAGGGUAAAUCGCCAUUUUCCUAAACCAGUCCUGCUGUUCUCUUACCGCUCUGCCAAUGAUUGGCUUAUGGGUGGUCCUGUGACCCAGUUCUGCUUUUGCAUUGACGAUUUGGCAGUUCAGCCCGUAUUUCAAUUAGUCCACUGUCACCUCAUCUCUCACCAUGAGAAAGUCGGCAAUUUUGAAAAACAAGAGGCAGCAACUGAGGGCUUCUUCCUGGAUCUUCUACUCCUUCCUUCCCUGGUCCUGAACAACCCUCAGUUUGGGGGGAGCACGGAUGAUGUCACCUCCCUGUUCGGAGCGGAUCCAUGCCCUCAGCAGAGGCUCGAGGAAGACAUAAUUGUCGAGUGCUGCCUCCCGUCGCUAUUUUCCGCUGCGUUUAACCGCCCACCUCUCUCGAAGGGGAUCCGCAGAUGA